GGAAUUUGUCGGAGCGUCUCGAGAAACAUUCGCUUAAUGCUGCAAACGUGUCGUGUAACUUUCGUACAUUGUCGACUUGUCGUACACGGUACACGUCGCAAAUAUUAUCCUGGAUAGCAAGAAUUUUGUGUAUAAAGAAUCUUUUUUAUUUUCUGAAUUUUCCACAUAUUACCUCAUAUACCUAGGUAAUUGGAUUCCCCAGCUGGUUUCCUGGAAAAUCAAGGAAAACUUCCAACAACGUAUGUGGCAACAACCUUCUUGAAAAUCAGCAGAGACAACUUGGUCACCAGCAUUUGAUCAACAUCCGGCAGAAAACCAAGACUUUCUUGAUUUAAAAUAAUACAAGACAACCAUCUGUAGUUAUAGUAAAAGCUUCGUCCAGCUAUAUGGCUUUCUCUACUGCCACUCUACUUUUAACAUUCUCUGUAUUUGGGAUGGUUAUGCAAGGCGCUGUGGCGGAAAUAAUGCCACCACCGUUUACCAAAGUACUGUUUAUACAAACGCCACCAAUGACAGGUAAGGAUGUUGUCAUAUUACAAAACCUACUGCGGCGAUCUUACAAUGUUACGCAAGUAUUUGCUACAAAUGGUGUGUACGACAAGCAAACAGCAAUCGCUGUUGCACAAUACAAGGAGGCAAACGGAAUAACAGGUGACCCUUUGGUAUUUGACAACGUUACAGCGGAACUUGUGUUGAAACAAUUGUCUUAUGAUGGUUACAAAGACGAUGGAAAAGUACCUCCAGGGUAUAAAUUUAAGAUAUUCAUUCCGGUCCACAAAGAUCGAAACAUCGAAACCGAGGGAAAAUUGAUGGAUGAAAACGGCAAGGUGUUGUACGUAUUCAGAGUACGUGCGCAUGGAUCAUUGGACUCUAGUGGAAAAGCUGUAAACCAAUUCACAACUAAUGGAAACACACCAACUGGACUAAUGAAAUGUGAUCUUAACACGAAAGAACCAUAUCCAGCUUCUUUCGGACCUUAUCCUGUCGUGCGAGCAGUGAAAGGAUUGAAAGGAAACGUGGCUAUAGGCAAGAAUGCCAACGAUACUUUUCUUAGUAAUUAUAGAAUCGGUAUUCUUAUUCACACAGGAGAAUGGAAAAAUUGGAAUCCUUCUAUGAAUAUGCCCAACAGUAACGGUUGUUUACACGUCCAUCCAGAUUCUAUGAAAAGAAUCGACGAAAUUCUACAGAAGGAUUUACACGUGAAAGCAAAUGAAAACCCAUUUGGCAAGCUGCCUUACCCUUAUCCUUGUCAAGGAAUUAUGUCGAUCGAGCAGAUUGAUGGGUUUCCAUAAUCAUAAAACAUAAAAUGAUGUAGACUUUUACGUGCGUGUACGUGCGUAUAUGGACGAUACUGUGAUUAACACUCUUGCUCCCUCUUAUUCUUUUCAGAUUCUUAAUUACUCUGUUCAUUAUUUAGACCUAACUAUCUCAAUCAACUAUCAUACAUUCUUUCUAAUUUCAUCCAUUUAUCAAAUCUAUCAAAGCCAAAUCAUUAAAAUAUGUAACCCAUUUCACUUCUAAUCACCCUAAUCAUGUAUUCAAAGGGCUUGUUACUGCAGAAACUAUACGUUAUAGUAGAUUAUCUUCUAGACUGUAUUGAUGAUUGUAAUUUCUUGCUGGAACUCUUUACCUCUCGACUCUACAACCUCUCUUGAUUACCCUAUAACUAUCAUCGAAGCAAUACGACACAAACCGAAGAGAAAUCAGUUAGAGAAAAAGAAUCGGCUACCUGCAAACCAUUAUAAAACCAAACUCGACUAACAUGCAGGAACAGAUAAAAUUGUACAAUGUAUCAUCAACAAGUAUCAUAAAAAUUGUUCAACUUGUUACUACACACAUUGUUAUUAACCAACCAAAAUAAACUGACACAAGCUUUUUAAACUAAAUGUGUAAAAUCAAUGUUCUAUUUACUAGUCUAGCUUUCCUCUGUGGCUAAUGCAUGUAUACCAUUCUAUGAUGUUAUUUUUAAUAUUUAGCUUUGCUGUUUCAAACAUACAGGGAUGUUUUCACGAUCUAUCAAAAUAUUUCUAAUAAUUGUUAGAAACGAGGUAUUCCUAAAAUUACGGGAAUCACUGAGUAUUUUAGAAUAUAAAACA